AUGCCGCGACUUGUACGCCGUCAGCCUCUGACGGAGCGUAUCAAGUCUUACUUGAACCCGCUGGAUUUCCUGCUUUGGCUUUCGGAAGAGAUCGAUGCGAACGAUUGGGACCAGUUUGCGAAGGAUUGGGCGACUACACUGGGCAUUGUCCUGAACCUUGUGUUCAUGAUCGCGAGGGCCAACAGCCGGUCAAAAGCCAGUGAUGCGAUCGAUGAUGUGUUUGGCGAGGAAGUUGGAGUUUCAUACCUCAGCUGGCUCGCGUCGUUCAUUGUCCACUUCUUGAUCUGCGCCUCCGUUAUGAAUACCUUCUAUACGUUCCAGCGCAAACGACACUAUCGCAUGUUUGAAACCUCAAUUGAUAAAGCGCCUGCUACGCCAUCCGCCCAUCGCGUUCGCGUUGACUCUACGCCUGUAACGGCGUCGCCGCUUCGAUACCUUGCUAAUGCACUGUCUGGAUCCGCUGAGUCGAGGGCUCAUCCAAAUGCCGAGCGUGACGUCUGGGAGGUUGCGGUCUGGGAUCCUCUACCGAUUUGCCUCGACCUCUUCUGUCUCUUUAGCCCCGGACAUGUUCUCAUUUAUUGGCUCCUCCUGCCUACACAGCUCUCCGACCCUCGUCCAAGUGUUACGAUUGUGACGACUCUUGUGGUGACCACUCUUCUGUCCGUGCAGAUGUCAUUUCUCUCGUCAUUCUUUAAGCAACAAGCGAAGGACUCCCAAAUCGUUCAUAAGGAAGUGAUGAGGGAGUACGAUGCGAAAUUCGUGCAUCCUCGAACCCAGCCGUUAAUGAGAGAGGUCGGAACCCAGUUCUCGGGUCCCAAUUCGACCUUUGAGGAGAAAUACAAUAAGGUCGACACAUACACCCCGGCCGUUGUGAUCAACAGAGGAUUUAAGACGAGCCCCAACCCUAACUACGUGAGGCAUAUUGAUCCCGAGGGAAACACUUCUCGGAACAGCUCCUUUAUUUCCACGCCGUCACGACCCCCUCACUCAGUGCAAACUCCCAAUCAUUUGCGGGAUGCCUCGCCAGUCGUCAAAGCCCCAUUGGGCUCUAUUCGCCAACCCCAAUUCCGACCAACGCCGUCUCGCACAGGGGAUGGUGGCAGUUUGGGGAUAUACUCUCAUGCCAAUUCACCUCUACGAAAAUCUACACCGGGAAACUUUGAUCGUCGUUUGCAUAACAGUGGCGACUUCUUCUACAAGGAAAGAAACGCCCGACCCUCAAGCCCGCUCAAGAAGAGCAACAUAUCCGCCGCCCCGAGUCCGAUCACGCCGGGAACCAGCAGAAGUAGUCUUCGUCGUGAGACUGGACACUUCUAG